GACGCGGUCUAAGUAUGCAACAGUCUGCAUUUAUUCUUGCAAGUGAUUGGUUGUGAGUACGCAAACGAGUGGGGAAUUCUAUAAAUAGAUCACAACAAGUAGAUACCUACGUGACAAAGAUGGCAGACUCGCCGAGAGAAAAUAAACGCCUCGAUAUGAGUGCAGUAGAAAUACAGCAGGAAUAUUAUGAAGCUACCGGCGAUGCCGAUUGGGAAUUGUAUGAGAAGAAGGACCGAAGAUUUCUGUUGCAAAAGAUAGCAGUAGCUCUCUGUGGACCUCCCAGUGUCGAGGGUAAUUUGACCGACUGCUUAGGGAACAGUGACAGCGAACUGAAACUACAAGGCUACGACGCUCGUGACGAGGAGACAUGCAUGAAUGUAUUCAAAAAGAUUCUAGAACAAGAUAAAUAUUCUCACAAUGCCGAAAACUUGAUCAUAUCGGUGUUACGAGUGGUCUGCGUCAUACCAAGUAGAGAAAUCAAGUUUUAUCAAAUAACACCAAGAGAUUAUUGGCUUAAUCUGCACACGAAGAAAGGGAAAUCCGUCCAUAUCUUAGUAUUUCAUGUGUUCAGUAUUAGGAAAUGUAUUUCAAAGAAACCUGGAGUAAAGGGCUGCAAAAUAUUUAUAGAUCACGACGCGCGAGUUUAUGAAACCUGGAGCGAUUAUCUAUCGCAAAACAAACUUCCAAAAUGUGUGAUGGUUGUACCCCAAAAUGGAGAAUAUAGCGGAAUUAUUACCAAAGAAGGUGAAAUGCCGAAAGUAGUAUGGACAGUCCAGGCAUCACCCGAACUGGGCCCGGGCGCUCGCGUGCUCAACGUUGCUGACAACGUGAGCACAGCUGCUAGUGUAGGUGCUAUUGUAGCAGUUGUGGGUUCUGUAUUCGCGACUCCUGUCGUGGCACCCGUGCUCGUUGGCACAGCUGUAGGCGUGGCGUCAGUCACAGGGGUCUACAGCAUCGGUCGAUCCAUUGGAAAAUUGGUCGACAGAGCUCGACAUGAACAGAGUAUCGGCCUGAAGAACAUGGAAGCUCGCUCCAACUGGAUAAAUAUAAUAAUAUCGGGCGUCGGUAUUUCCUUUACUACAGCAGGGAAGCUGUUGUCUUGGGCCGCUGCAUCAGGCAGAAAUGUUAAGAUCCUUAUGAGCGCAUUAGACUUCUUAAAGUACACGAAUAUUGCAACUGGAUUCAUUGGCGUAGUCAAUGGAUUGGGAGACAUGAUCUACAAGAUGGCUAAGUAUGGAGAAAGACCAACGAAACUAGAAAUUUUCCAGUUCACAACAUCCCUGCUUUUCCUUGGUGUCGGAGUCAUGUCCAAUCAGACUGCACAAGACAUCGUGCAGGAUGCACAAGCUCAGAAAAUUAACGAAUUCAGAGAAUCUUUGUCUAGCAACAAUAGAAGGAAAAUAUUCGACAAAGUAACAGCUGAGACGCGAAGAAUUAAAGGUACUAUAGAAGGUAACACUGAUGUUAUAAGAGCUAUUAAGACAAUAGAAAAUAAAGACCAAUUCUUCGGGAAGCUGAGCUAUAUGAACAAAGCAUUCAAUAAAAAUAAAGUUAGAAUAUCGCUGGCGCCGGAUGGCAAGGUUUUAAUAAAUAAUCAGCAUAGAGUUAGUGCUGGCAAAAUGUUCCGGAUGGGAGAGCAGGCCCGGGCCAAACUACUUGCUAAAUAUGGACCCGCAAAAGUUACCACAAAAAAUGCACCUACUAGAAUAUAUCCAUCAUGUGGUGCGGCAGGCUCCACAAAUGUAUCGUUAAAAGAAUUGGUAUGCAAUAUCCGCCCUGAAGAGAUUAUUAAGAUAUCUACUUUCAUUAUCAAUUUGAGUAAAGUUGACCUAGAUUUUAUUAUAGACCUACUUUGUCAGAUAAGUGAAGAUUUGCAUAAUGCGUUUCUCUUGGUGUGUACUGAACUAAUAAUCUCGCUCAUACCCUCAGAACUAGACUUCAUCAACUCAAUUUUUCCUGACUGGAAGAGGCGUUUAGUAUUAUUUAUAUUUAAUCAUUUGAAGUCAAAAAUUACUAUAGAUGAUAAUGACAGUGAAUUCGUUGCUGGGCUAAAAACCUACAUUCGCGAUGGCAGGGUUAACAGAGAUACGUUAUUAAACUUGAAAAAGAAGGUUUUGGAACACUUUUCAAAACUGAAGCAUGAUAAAGAAUCCCGAAAUAAAACUUGGGUCGAGGGGGACGAGUAUAUGAACAAGUUUUCCGGCGAUAUCAAUACACUACAAGUUGGACAAAGACUGAUUGUUGGGCCACAUACUAUCCUGGUAAAACAAGUGACUGUAGAUAACUUUGAAAAGUGGUUUGAGGAAUAUUCGCAGAAGGAAUGUGACUUUUUCACCGAACUCUGUUUUAGAAUAAUAUCACUUUUAACUGUACGUGACUUUAGUCGUUUGAACGACAUCAAUCCUGAUGAAGAUGUACUUAUGAGGGUGUCUACGUUUUUGCGAGAUAGAUUUCAGUCAGACAAACUCGAUAUGUACAUUUCGAGUUUGUCGGAUAUAAACGACUACAUAGCUAUUUCAGCAAAACGUGAAAUUAUGAUCUGGUGUGGUGAGCAGCACCUUAGACCUCGAUUUACUUGCGUGAAAUGUGGAGGCAUGACUUUUUUUCAAAAAUAAGUCUUUACUUAUUUAAGCUCUUCAGCUUUAUGAAUCCAAAGCAUUUUAGAUUUAAAAUUGGUUCAUUAGUUUUGACCAAUAGCUCUACAAACAGAUCCCUUCGCAUUUAUAAAUAAAGGAGGAUUUAUAGAAAUUUUAAAAUCUGAUCAUGAAAAAAUAUGUAUUUUAAAAAGAAAGCUAUCUAUCAAUCUUUAUUUGUCAUAUUUUUAACUUUUGUUAUGUUUAUAUUUUUCUCACAAUGAACUUACUAUUUUGUAAUCUUAUGAAUUAAAGUACGUAUAUUAGCAAUUAAGAAAAUGAGACUAACUUUUCGGAGCUUUAUUAAUUGUAUAAGAGCAAUAAUAUAGUGAUAUGCUUAUCGGUGUUUAAUUUUGUUGUGGUCUGACCGAAUGACCAGUGUAUUGCAAUAGUUGUGUGUAGGUUUUAUACAAAAUUAUAUUUAUUUUAUAUUGUAACAGA